CUUCGGUCUGUACUGGCGACCUGGGUCAAGAUUCUCCCAUACAGACCUCCCGCCCGGUUAAUAAGAACUAAAUAUUGCCUCUUACUUCCGUGACAAAAUUGGGACUUGAUGUGGACUGGAGAGCCUCGACUGAAAAUUGCUCCCUUUUGCCCUAGAAGGAGGUAAAAAGCGGAAUACAAGUAGCAUCAUAGUUACGAUAUUUUUUCUCAUGGGCCAAGCUUGUGUUAAAUUGAAAGAAAACCAGACUUCUUUGUAGCUUGCAAGUCGAAGAAGAAAUGCCUUUUUAAGAAUUAGAUGUGGUCAAUGUAAUACCGGGCUUUCUCACAGAGCCAGUUAGGUAGCAGUUACAAAAUAAAUUCCUUGAAAUACAACAUGUUCUGUAAAGUGUUCCAGAAGAAUAUUCACUACAGUUAAAUGAAAGAGUUAAAAGCAAAAAACAAAUCUUCCAUUAGUUGUCUUUAGAAACGUCGAUCUGCUCUCAUAAUUCCCUUUCUUUUCUAUUUUAUAAACUGUUAUCUUUUUUUCCUCUCUCUCUCUCUCUCUCUCUAAAUCAAAUGUAUUUAACUUUUUCUUUGAUUAAGAAUUCUUUAUAAAUAGAUUUUUAAAAACUGGUCUACCUAGCCUAACAUUGCCUACCCUAGAGCCAGGAGAAGAUGGGCCCUGGUAAUCAGAAAAUUUGCAUAGAUUAAGUUUUGUUGUUCUCGACGCAGAAAGCUUUCAUCGCAUUACAUGCGUCACACAACGGAACAAUGACUAUGCAGAAGUAGUCCAGAGAUAACGUACUCUCUCCCUCCAAAUAUAGGCCAUAAACUCACCUUUCGACUUUCCGAGACGUUCUUAGAAGACAGAAGGCUCGAUCAGUUCUUUUAAAUCAAACUUUUGACCGCAAAGUAUGUCAGCUUCUGGAAUGACUAGUAUUUUAGAGCGCCUUAACGCCGGUGAGGUUUUAGUCGGAGAUGGAGGGAUGACAUAUGCCUUGGAAAAACGAGGAUACGUGAAAGCAGGACCUUGGACGCCGGAAUGCAACGUGGAGCAUCCAGAUGGAGUUCGCCAACUUCAUCGAGAGUUCCUUCGAGCAGGAGCUGACGUCAUUCAAGGUUUCACAUUCUCUAUGGACGAUGACUUGGGAGGAGACAAUGCCAAAUAUGGGACCCAGAAAAUAAACCAAGCAGCUUGCGACCUUGCUAAGGGCGUGGCACAAGAAGGAGGGGUGUACUUUGCAGGUUGUAUCUGUCAGACAGCUUUCUUGUAUCAGAAAGGCGCUGGAAAAGAUGUCAUAAUGAAGAAGUUUAGAGAUGAAAUCGAGAUUUUCGUUCAGAAUGAUGCAGAUAUUCUCAUUGGCGAGUUCUUUGCUAAUGUAGAAGAAGCAGAAUGGGCGGUAGAAGUGAUGAAGUCCACAGGAAAACCAGUAGCCAUAACCAUGCAAAUUGGACCACAGGGUGACAGGCAGAAUGUGCCGUCAGGCGAAUGUGCUGUGAGACUGGCAAGGGCUGCUGAACGAGGCAGAUUACCAGCCGCCAGCGACAAGCAUAGUCCUUGGGGAGAAGCACUCAAACAUCAUUCAGUAUCCUCGGUUCGAGCAAGGGGUAAUCGAGCGUACUGGGAAAACCUCAAGCCAGCCUCUGGCCGCCCGUUUUGUCCUUCAGUUAGUGGACCGAGAGGAUCUGGCCAAUCUCAGUAAAAGAUGAAUUGAUUUCAUGAACGUUGGGUCGCUCCACUGUUUUUUGUUGUACUGAGAAGUUUCAUGUAAAGAGUUCUGUCCAAGACCUUAAUUCCACCGGCGAUUAGACCUUUCCUUGAAGAGAACAAUGCCAGCGAAAAUAAAGUAAGAUUUUUGAUCAUG